CCAACUCUCAAGUGGAGUCCCCUCCCCUCUGGGCCCUGGCAAGUAGAUCUCGGAUCCAGAAACUGCAGGGUAAAAAGCAAAGUCUGCUUCAAGACCAGAGGCAGAAAGAAAAUCCACGCGAUCAGACCUCGGCUUGGUUCAGCUCCUCUCAGAAGGACUCUAGACCUCUGCUUCUUGUCUCUAAACAUCCGGGCCUGGAUUCUAGUGCUGGAUCUCUCCUUAGAGAACUUCUGCCGGCGGACAGCAACGUUUUUGUUUGUUUGUUUGUUUGUUUUUCUAGAAAGGAAGGGGUGACGGUCCAGGAAAGCCACUAACAUCGAAUCACACAUAAUAACUCCUCUUGAUCAGAUCAACAGCCACAAGGAUCUAUAUUCUUCUUUGGGGAUCUUCAACCCUGUUGAAGAGGAGAGGUGAAAUAGGAAUAUAAUCUGGCCAUGAGCCCCAAGAAAAGAAAGUAGAAGGCCCUUGUAAAUACUGGGUCAGUGUUCUGAGCCACAGUAUCCCAAGGCUGUCCACACCAGCAUUCCCGUGUGGCUCCUGGAAGACCCUGAAGCUUCACACAGUUAUCCAUGCCCUUUCCCGAUCUGCUUGUAAUAUAUGGACUUCAGCAACCCUCCUGAGAGUUACUGGCUCCUGUGUGCAGCUGUGACCUGCACCAUCUCCGACAGGGUCCAGUGCCGGGUGCUCGGGUGUGCAGGCAGAUGGAAAGUCUCCAUCUCCAGUCACAGUUACAUAAAUAGUUCUGAGAAAAGCAUGAUUUGCUCUCAUCUUCUACUCUGGGUUUGAGGAGUAUUAAGUGAGAUAAGGCAUUCGAAGGAACCAACUCAGAUUCACAGACACAGGACCUUCUCGCUGUGUACUUAAAGUCUAAGAGUGGAGGAAGAACCCGAGGAACAGCUUCCUCGGAGACCUUAAUAAAACCAGAGAGCCUCACCAGGGAGCUGAAAGGUCCACAGACAGCGUCACACGGAUCUUGUCAUGAAACCAUCACACAAGUCCUGCGAGGCUGCUCCACUACUCCCCAAGAUGGCAGAGACCCACUAUGCUCCACUGAGUGCAUCCUUCCCCUUUGUCACAUCAUACCAAACAGGCUGCAACAGUUUACCUGAGAUCAGCAGGAGCACGGAAAGAGCUUUAAGAGAAGGAAAACUACUGGAACUGGUCUAUGGAAUCAAGGAGACUGUGGCAACAUUGUCCCAGACUGCAGUAAGCAUCUUUGUGACUGGGGACUCAGGCAAUGGCAUGUCAUCUUUCAUCAAUGCGCUUCGAAUCAUUGGCCAUGAGGAAGAUGCCUCAGCUCCCACUGGGGUGGUGAGGACCACCCAGACACGGGCUGAGUACUCUUCAUCCCACUUUCCCAAUGUGGUACUGUGGGACCUGCCUGGCUUGGGGGCCACAGCCCAAACCAUAGAGGACUACAUGGAAGAGAUGAAUUUCAGCACCUGUGACUUAUUCAUCAUCAUCGUCUCUGAGCAGUUCAGCUCAAAUCAUGUGAAGCUGGCCAAGGUCAUCCAGAGCAUGGGAAAGAGGUUCUAUAUCGUCUGGACCAAGCUGGACAGGGACCUCAGCACGAGUGUCCUAUCAGAGGUCCGGCUCCUACAGAAUAUCCGGGAGAAUAUCCAUGAGAAUCUCCAGAAGGAGAGAGUGAAGGACCCCCCCAUAUUCCUGGUAUCCAAUCUAGACCCUUUACUACAUGACUUCCCGAAGCUCAGGGACACACUUUAUAAAGACCUUUUCAACAUCAGGUGCUGUGGACCCUUAAAGACCCUUUAUGGCAUUUAUGAGAAGAUCAUUGGUGAUAAAGUAGCUGUCUGGAAGCAGAGAAUAGGCAGCGAGUGCUUGAAGAAUUCUCUCGGUGUCAGAGAUGACGACGACAUGGAGGAGUGUCUGAAAAUGUACCGAUUGAUAUUUGGUAUACAUGAUGAAUCACUUCAGCAGGUAGCCCAGAGCAUGGGGACAGUAGUCAUGGAGUACAAGGCCAACAUGAAGUCCCAAAACUUCUCCACUCUCCGCAAAGAGGACUGGAGACUGUGGAUAAUGACCUGUUCGAUUAUGAAUGCAUUCUUCCGUUUGUUUAAAUUUCUCCCGUGCAUAUGCAGCUGUUUCAGACGCUUGAGACAUAAACUCAUGCUUCUCUUAGUUUCCCAGGACACCAAGAACAUCCUGAAGAAAAUCCUGAGUGACUCCGCAAAUCCCUCCGCAAAUCUAGUGUAAGGGUGGCCUGGUUCCCUUCUUCUCACAUGGAAGCCAGAUUACCUUAGGAUCCUCUUCCCUAGAGAUCUAUUUCUCCACUAGAAAUCAAGAGAUAUAAUAACGUUUCCUGUGAGGGUUUUAGAUUCUUUGAGAAGAGUUAAAGUCACUCAUUUCCCCUGCCUCCAUUCUAAUGCAUUGUUCCACUGAGGGACCGGAGACAAGUAGUGAUUAAAAAUCAUCGAUUGUGAUUCUUAGAUUUGGAAUAUAGAAAUUUUGCUUUCUGCUAUUAAGUGUGAUGUAUGUCUAAAUCAAUUUUCCCCUGAAACAAUAAAGUCGGUUCCUCCUCAUUAA